AUGUUCUAUUCUGCCAGCCCCCCCUUGACACAGGGCCUGUUCAAGUCAAGUCUAGAUUUUUCUAAUAUUCCACAUGCAAAAUAUUACUAUGUGUUCUUGUCUUUAGUGUAUGUUGUAACUGUUUUGGGGAAUUCAUUUAUCAUGUGUAUCAUAUAUUUGGCCCGCAGACUUCACACAGCCAAAUACAUUGCUGUUUUUCAUCUGGCACUUUCUGAUCUGUGUGAAAGCUCAGCUUUGAUUCCAAAAAUCAUAGACAUGUUUUUAUUUGAUAACCAAGACAUUUUGUAUGAAGCGUGUCUAAAAAAUAUGUUUUUUGUAUAUCAUUUCAUGAAUCUGCAGUCUUUGACACUACUCGCUUUGGCUUAUGAUAAACUGGUUGCUAUUUGUUUUCCUCUACGGUAUCAUGCCAUUGUAACCAAACCAGCAAUGUUUCUGAUCAUAGGGGUGAUGUGGAUUGUGUCUGUGAUAUUUUUUUCUGUACUUGUAGGUUUGCUGAAUAGAAUAUCUUUUUGUAGGUCUAAUGUACUUAAUAGUUAUUUUUGUGAUUAUGCCCCUAUCUGUGCACUAGCUUGUAAUGAUAUUUCCAUAAAUAUUUUGAUGGGUAAAAUUUCCUAUGGGCUCCUGAUUUGCACACCACUCAUACUGAUCAUUAUUUCAUAUUUCUGCAUUUCUGUGGCUCUGCUUAAGAUUGCUCACUGUGCUGACCGAAUAAAGGCCAUAAAAACCUGCACCUCACAUCUCAUAUUGGUGGCAAUUUUUUAUCUCCCAGUUCUGUGCAAUGUCCUUGCAUCUGUAACAACACCUUUGCAUCCAAACCUCCAGAUAAUUAACAAUUCCCUGACUCAGACAAUACCACCAAUGCUGAAUCCCAUCAUAUACACUCUAAAGACAGAAGAGGUCAUGCAGUCCAUAAAAGAACUGUAUAAAUGCAGCAAAGUGAAUACAACUAAAGAAAGAAAAACUAAAUGCAGUAGGAUAAAGUUAAAAUAAUUACAGGUUUAAUCUCAUAUCUUCUGAUCAGUGUGUGAAACAGCAGGAGGUGGAUUUUUCCUUGCACAAUAUUGGUGUUGACUUUCAUUACAUUUCUGAAAGAAACUCUUUGACUACAGAUAUUUGGUUAUUUGUUUCAUCAGCUGUGAUCAUUCAACA